GGCGGAAGGAAGUGUCACCCUGGAGACGGGCGGCCUGGGGCCUGUGCCGGCGGGGCUGGCGGCAGCCCUCCUCGGGCCGCGGGCGCUGACAGUCACCGGUGUCCCGGGGAGGGAACGAAAAUGACGACUCCGUCGCUUGGGCGCCUUUGAGCAGGGGGAGCACUUUCAGAAGAAGAAAUAACCCCUAACAGCAGCGGUAUCGCAGAUUGCUGCUCCUCAAGUCUGGUUAUGCAGUAACAAUGGAGACUGCUGAUGAAGAAAGCUUUGGUGUGGCUGUCUCCUCCCCUUCUGACGCAGAGUUUGAUGCAGUUGUUGGGCAUCUGGAGGAUAUUAUAAUGGAUGAUGAUUUCCAGUUAAUACAGAGGACUUUUAUGGAAAAGCACUACCAGGAGUUUGAUGACGCAGAAGAAAACAAGCUCAUCUAUACUUCUAUUUUUAAUGAAUAUAUCUCUUUAGUAGAGAAAUACAUUGAAGAAAAAUUGCUUGAUCGGAUUCCUGGUUUUAAUAUGACUGCUUUCACAAUGUCACUGCAACAGCACAAAGAUGAAAUGACAGGUGAUAUAUUUGAGAUGCUUCUCACAUUUACUGACUUUCUGGCUUUCAAAGAAAUGUUCUUGGAUUACAGAGCUGAAAAAGAAGGUCGAAGUCUGGAUUUAAGCAGUGGGUUAGUGGUGACUUCAUUAAACAAAUCGUCAAUAUCCUCCUCCUAGAACACUUUAUGCACUACUUUCCCUCUCCAGAUGAGUGCCGUUCCUUUCAUUUGGACACUAAAACACUGAAGAUCAUGAGAAUCAAGGUGCUUUUACAUGAUGGAAACUCAUUCACCCUCCAGACUGUACCUUCUGAUCCCAAAGACUUCUGUUUGUGAGUUCUGGCUGGUAUUCAGUGACCACAGAAGAAGAAACUUUUGACUCUAUCAGAGUAAUUGUUUUUUAGUAAAUGCACAGUAUUUGUACACCAGCCUAACCAUUGUGCAUGCCGAGAAGCCCAGCACGCGAAGAGGACAAUGAGUAAGACUGUGCAUGUGUUAUUUGGGUUGGCAUCUUUAACAGUCUCCCCACACUGCAGAACUUUUCAGACUCAAGAUGACAGUGUAGAAAGAAUACGUCCCUCCAGCACAAAGGUGCAAAUACAUAACCUCCGAGUUCUUCCCUGUUUGUUCUUUUGGGUUUUUCGUAAAUACUUUAAUAUGAUCUUAAAUGCUACAGCUUUCUAAUGCAGGAAUAUGUUUUAAUCUGUAGAUAUUCUAGCAUAAGACUGCCUUUCACCUCUGACAACAGACAUUUUAGUGUGCAAAUCUGUCUGCUGUCUGGCUUUAAAUCUCAUCUUCACUGUACGAGUUCUCUAAUUCACUUUUGUUCAGGCCACAGCUAUUCUACACUUGGAAAAAUAACCACGAUUAACCAAAGUCUGGACUAAUAAUGCAAUUUCUUACUUCCUUUUCAGCAGUUGCAUUAGUUCUAACAAUGUAAGAUUGAUGGGAGGUUGGGCGCAGACAUGUUUACCACCAUGUUCUAAAUAGCAUGCUGAUUAUAGCUGUAGUUUUGCUGUUAAACUGUUAGCAACAUUAGUGCAGCAAUGUGUUUUUCAGCAUCCGUUGAAAACCAGAUGCGUGGCUUCCUGGUGGAGCUGUAGACAUAAGCCUGUCACAAAACCCCAGGCGCAUCCCUGUGGUGGCUGGCAUUAAACUGCAUUUGGAGCUGCGGGGGCCCUCUAUUCUUGCACUCUUCAGACACAUUUAUCUGUGCUUGAUGGCGUGCUCAGGCGAUGCGAGUUUGUCUUUAAAAGCCUAAGAGUAGAUAGAAGCCCAGGGUGGUGAGCAGAGCUCUGUGCUUUGUCCUACAGCAGCGGGGGAGAUGUCCUUCAGCAGCAGUGAAGGUGUUGAUCAGUGGCUGUCACCUGAUGAGAACCUGGCCUAGACAGCAAAAUGAUGGCCUGGCUGUGACAAAAUCUGGUAGACAAGAAAUGUCUUACUAGAACAAAUUAAAUUAAAUCCUCUUCCUGUUGACAUCUGACAGUGAUUUCAACAGUACUAGGACUCUGUUUUCAACCAAAAUUCUGGUUUAAUACCAGUGGAGAUUCCUAGCCAUGCAGGCAAAAGGAAGCCAUACUUACACUACAGAAUAGGAUAACAUUAAACAGGUUUGUGGACAGACCAUCAUGGCUUUUUAAAGGCUGGCAAUGCUAAGAGUAGCAUUCUAGUAUUUUGGAUAUAUAUAUAUAUAGCCAAAUAUAUUUUGGCUAUAUACCACAUUUACAAGUGCUGCAGUAUUUAUUUUCAUUAAGCUUCUACUAUGUUGUGCUCAUAGCUCUGCGGUUUUUUGUCUGGAAUUAUUCUAGUACACUGAAAUCUCCCUCGUUAAGUGCACACACCCAGACGCAUACACAAACACUUCCUUUAAAAAUGCACUCAAACAUUCUGUUCCUUCAGGUUUUUUUUAAUCUCCUUCGAUAAAUUUAUGCUUGUCGGAUGUGAAUGAUAAAACCCAGAAGCUAAAGCAAAAUUAAAAAUCACAAGGAAUGUCUUUGGUUCUUUUCAUUUUUUUCUUUUUAAGGUUAGAAAUCUAGGGUGUGUUUUGAUCAAAAGCAGUUUUACAGGCUUUCUGUUCCGGUGAACACUACACGAGCUCAUUUUGAUUCUCUUUUCAGCAGCAGUAACCUGCUAAGGCAAUGUGAGUACCACUUUAAAAAUAGGUUUGAAAUGCAUGUUCCACAGCAGGAGGGUUGGUGAAGCUCCAUCACCUGGGGUCGCCUGCCAGGGUUCAUAGGUUUUUACAGGUCCACCUACCACACAUGCCAUAAAAAGCAGCUUUUCUUGUGAGCCUGGGAGUCAGUGCUCAGGCGUGCAUGGGCAGUUUGUUAGCAAGUAGAGAUGAUGCUCCGUGAUGUUUAUUCCCAGAAAAAAAAUUAUGCAAUCAGUGGGUCUUGAUUUUGAUACAAACUAGACGCAGCUCCUCUGCCAUGUGAAUCCUGAGGUUAACCUCAGAGAAACUGAAGACCGAAAAUCUAGUCAUCUUUCUACUGUCAGCAUACAGACUGAGCUCUCUGUUUAUCUCCCCACCUAUUUGUAUAAGGUUAACGUUUUAUUGUGAGGAACAGAUGUUAUCAAAUUUUAAAAGAACCCUGUUGACGUACCGUAAUUGUUGAGCUAAAAUAAUUAUUCACAGCUAAAACUAUAAAUAGCCCUACCUUUAGUUUUUCACUGAAAAAAGUUUUCGUUCUUUUUCCUUUUAGAGUUGUUUCGAUUAAUUACUUAAACUAAUGGCAGUAUAAGUGAGUACCUCGGGCAGUUAUCUCCUGAAGGGAGUUCUGGUGUAUUUAAAGCAAGGUCUGUUGUCAUUUCAGAAGCCACAAGGCCAAUUCUUAUUUUGACAGGGAAUUGUAUCUAGGUGUUUCCUGCAAUACCUUUCUACCCCUGUGCUGCUCUCUUCUGCCUGUGUUGUCUGUUGGCUGUUGUUCCCACAUUAACCCAUCCCCGGUUCAAUGCAUUUUCCAUCAGACAGAGGGGCUUUUUAUAAAGAGAUUAAAUGU